AUGGUUCUUAGCACAAGCUCGGAUGUCUAUGGAACCUCGAUUAAACGGAACCCCGAAAGAGUUCUCGUAGUCGAGGAUGGGUGUAUUAGAAAUUUAGAACUUUGGUUCCGAAUCUUGCACGGUGCCACGAGUGAAGAGAUCGAACACCUGCAGGAUCUUUCCAUUCGAGACAUUUGGGAAGCUCUUCACGUAUGCGAAUACCGCGAUCUUGAUAUCGAUAAGUUGAAACAUUGGUUCCACGAAUGGAUGAAGAAGAAAGACUAUAAGACUUUGACGGGUGAUGGAAUGAAUGAGUUGAUGACUCCGUGGUUUAUGCUGGAUCAUUCACCUGCUUUUGCGUGGAUAACUUACCAUUUUCAAAACCAUUCCCUCAUUGAUUGA